AUGUGUCUACCCUCUCGAGAGAAAACGAGUCGUCCGCAGGUCGUAAGUUCCGUCAGCUCCGUAGAGUGUCCUAUCCGGGCACCAAAUGUCCGCAUACGGCUAACCACCUGUUGGCCCAGUGCCUACAAGGACAUGGCUCAGCGAUUGGCAAAAAUGGAGCGUCUUAUAUCAGACCUUGCUUUAGGUCCAAAUGGCGCUGAUGAGGGUACUUCGCCUUCCAUUUCCGAGUCUAGCCAACCCGAAGAACCAUCGAAAGAGAAGGUGGCCAAAAAGAGUCCCCCGGUGAUUUUGUCAUCUGACAUGGCCGAGUCCGAUUUCUCAUGGGCUAUUCCCGAGGAAACUCACCCAGGGGAGUGUCCGGCUAAUGAGGGCGUUCAUUGGGUGAACUACUUGGUUGGCGAUGACAGCUUUGGCCAGAUGAUGGCUGCGUUCAAGCCCAUCAGAAAGGCAAGGGAGCUUGAAUUCGAUAUAACAGUUCGCCACCCACUUCCACCCGACGAGGUUCUGCUCAAAUGCGUCCAUGGGUUUUCCCAAACACUCAAUAAGGAUAUAACUGUGUUUCGAGAGGAAGUAAUUAUGGAUGGCCUUCAAUCAUAUUUGGCUGGUAGUCCCCACCUGUCAACUAGCUGGUGGGCUUGUAUCAAUAUCAUCGUGGCGCACAGCCUUCGCGAUAACCCAAGCCAGCCCAUGGCAGGUGAUUGUGAUAAGUACCUUUAUAACGCACUGAGCUUAAUUCCGGCCAUCAUAUUGCAGUCGCCUGAGGAGUUAUGCAUCGGAGCGUUGCUUUCAAUGGCAAUGUACUUUAUGUUCGCAUUCGAGAAUCGGCCUGCUACGUCUAUCCUCGGAUUGGCGAUACAGCAAAUGAUUAUAGGUGGCUACCACAACAACACGAAGCCUCCUGGUUGCAGCGAACUCGACUUCUGGCAUCGACGCCGGCUUUUUUGGAAUGGCUACAUCCUGGACAUGGAUCUUUCCCUCCGGCUUGGGAAACCACCAGCGGUUAACCCCCAGAUCAUCGAACUACAACUCCCUCCUGACCAGUCUCCUGAUGGGAUUGGUGUACGGACUGUUAGGGGUGUUUCGUUCAACUUCCUCCGAGAGCAUUUUGCCUUGGCCAAGAUCCAACACCAGGCUUAUUUAAGACUACACUCCAGAACGUCUACAACCCAGACCCCGGAGCAAUUAUAUUCCACGAUUUCCGAACUUGAUGACGAGCUCCAGAAGUGGAGAGAAAACAUCCCAGAGGUUUUGAGGCCUCAAACCCCGCUAGAUCGGGUUCAAAACGAUAGUUUAAUUAUGCUGACAGUGCUACAUUACACAUACUUCCAGCUGAUCAUCGCCAUCCAUUCUGUCGUAUUUCAUGGGUUUAAAGCACACAAUGCUAGUGAUCGAGACGCGAGGAUCAUUGGGAGUGUGGCAUUGUGCGUUGGUGCAGCGCGAGCAUCCAUUGCACUCCUAAACUAUCAUCGCUGUGACCACCCCUUUACCCGUUACCUCGUUAACCACAUUGCCUGGAGUGUUGAUGUCUUAUUUAUGAACAUCUUGCAGAACAAAACAAGCCCACAAGUUGUAAAAGACCUCAAGCUGUUGCAGAGGAUUGUCGAGUUCUACGAAAAGUCGGAUCCUAAUCGCAGUAGUUCUACCGCGUAUCAAGUAACCAAGUCCAUGUAUAUCGUUGCAUCGAGAGCUGUCAACAAGUCCCAGGGCGAAGUCCUGACAAGUUCACAAGAGAAAUAUCCCGCCGCGUCGGGCACCAUCAGCUCGUCUCUCAACGACUACGCCAUAAACUCAUCUGCUAGAUUCCAACCACAGCACCCCGCUCCAUCCAUAAGAGAGGAUAUGGGCGCAUUCAAUGGCGGACUAGGUGCACUGCCCUACCUGGAGUCGGAAUGGAUGAUGCCCCUGGGUUUCCAGCCAGAAUACUGGCAAGAUCCAUGGGCAAAUGUGUUUCAGGAACAGCCUGGCAUGCAAGGUCUAUCACUGCAGUAA